AUACCCCAGUAUUAAAAAGCUAGACGCUGGAUUGGUCCUUCCACCUUGUGCCUAUUGAUACAACAACCCAACUGACUGAUGGUUGCUAAGCCUUUUUCUCUUUUUCUGUUUAUUGGUGAUAGGGGGAGAAGCUGGUGUAAACACUGGGGUGAUGGUGGAACAGGGCUCAGUAGACUUGUGUCAAGAAGGGUGGUAGCGAGGUGGGUUACCGUGUCCAUGUCCGUGGUUUGGCUGUUGGUGGCUUGGCUGAGUUGUUGAUCGGUGUGUAGGCGGACGCUGGAGUUGGCUUGGUCCUGGGUUUGAGGUGGCCGAUGCGGUUUAGUUUUGCGCAUUGCGAGUCCUGGAUCUUUUAGGUUGGUUAGAAUCAAACACAAUAGUGAUUAAACUUUCUUCCUGCCUGUAGAUCUGCGUUGAGGGAAUAGUUGGCGACCCGAUAUGCCAGUAAUGGGAGGAGAACUCCAACUAAGUCCCUUGAAUCAAGAAGCAGAAAGUACACUUGAGAGCAUUGCAGACGACCUGAACAAGCUACAUCACUACAACAAUGUCUGCGACAUCAUCUUCAGGGCACUUAGCUUAUUUGGAUGUAUUUUUGUCAUCGUAGCGUUUGGAUUGCUAUUCCAUGAAGAGUAUUUCAAGAACUCUGAUCCUUUAGCAGCUGUGGGUGCAGCUAUAUCCAUCGUGGCAAAUAUUGGCUUAUUAGUCAACGGCCGGAAGCUGAGGUACGACAAUAGAAGGUGUAUCAAGAAAGACCUUCUGCCAAAGUUUCCUGGGCCUGUCAGCGAGCGUGUUCUUCAGGGUAUCACUGACAUAUCAUUGCAACCAGAAGAUUCAGCAAUAUCACGUUUGCCUGAGUGGUGCAGACGUGUCUGUCGUAAAUGCGGAUGUUGUUGUCGAGAACAUUGUCUCCCGGAUGACCCACUGGAGCCCAUGUGUACUAUCGACCCAAGUAAAUGUCUGUGCUGCAAAUGUUCGUGUCCACGUGCAAAGUGCCCGAACUUUUGUGAAUAUAUGUGUUCCUGUUUCACCUUCCUUCUAACGUUUGAACUCUUUGAGAGUAUCUACUACAUCGUGUCAUCAGGUUGGGUGCUAUGCAGCAACGUCCAUGCCAUCAUUGAUCGUUUUCACCAUAAGCACGGCCAAAUGAUCUUCAACGAGCUGAGUGUGUGGAGCCGAGCCUCAGAAGGUUUUGAUGUGGCAAUUGCCAUCUUCACUCUUCUAUUAACUUUGGUUAAAUGUAAAAAGCGCACAGAGGAACGUCCAGUUAUAGAGAUAAGAAAACUUGUUCCAAAUGUAAACAAAUAAAUUGCAUAUAUUUGAAUACCAAUAAUUAGUAUGCUUCAUGACAUUUCUCCAAUCAAUUAAAGUUGUAAAUC